AUGAAGCUUCUCUUAGCGACCCCAUGUACUCUCUACAUAACAUUAUUAUUUGUCCUGUGGGUUCAUGCUAUAAUGGGAAAAGAACACAUGAACAAUCAAGAUUUCGCUGAAACAGAACAAGCAGCCAGGGCAAUUAGGAAGCUCUUAAAUGGAGAAGUAGAUACUAUCAAAUUAGAAAAUGGCAAUGAACUAAAAAUAAGAUCAAGGGAUGAAAAACACGAUGCGCAUAAGAGAUAUAAUGACAAAAGUAACUAUUCAUUAUAG